CACCGCUUCCUCCCAUAAAUAAAUAAACCCUAGAAAAAGACCCUUCCUAAGUUUUAUAAUUAUCGUCUCCCCAUUCCAAGCUUCUUGCUUCGCUGCAUCUUCGUGCGGCGGCGGCGGUGAUUUCUCGGUCGCUCCAUCGCGACUGCGACUCCCUCUGGAGCCAAGAACCACCCGUCGCCAGGAUUUGAAGCAGAUUUUUGUUCCCAAGAUACGAGUUUUGGGGAAGAUAUUAGAUCCAAAUAGAAGGUUUCCUGUGGAGAUUUUGGUUCGGUUGAAUUAGCAGAAGGAUAUAAAAUGGCGGCUACUAGUGCCCCCACGAAUAUCGAGAAAGAGCAGAUAUUUGGAAUGGCAGAGAAGGAGAUGGAAUACAGGGUAGAUCUCUUUAACAGGCUUACUGCAACAUGCUUUGACAAAUGUAUUGAAAAAAGGUAUAAGGAAUCUGAGCUUAACAUGGGUGAGAACGGUUGUAUUGAUCGUUGUGUUUCAAAAUAUUGGCAGGUGACAAAUUUAGUAGGACAGUUGCUCGGUUCCAACCGACCUCCGGUGUGAUAAAACCACUGUCAUUUAUGGUUGAUGGCAGAUACUCCGGUUGCCGUUUGUUGGUCAAAGGUUUAACAGAUGCUUGUAUUGCAUGAUAAAAUGAAUGGAAGUACUCUGGAAAUAUUUGGUUGGGAGAUGAUAUCUUCCAAUGGCUGCUGUAUGCUUUGAGCAAAUUUUGGCGAGUAUCCUCAUGUAACCGGAUGGAAUAUGAGAGGAACCAUAAUUAGAAUUUUGCCUUCAAUA